GAUUCAAUGUGCAAUAGAUCAGGUACCGGAUCCUCUUGAUCAAGAAUCUUUGAUUAAGCCACACUUGCUGAGUUUCAUGAACAAAAGGAUUGAAGCUCUUGUGUCUGAGCAGAGGCUAUCAGCUGACCCAGUUGAUAGCCAUCUUGCAUCAUUGGAACGAGAAAGACGGUACCUGAUCUGCCCUAAAUGUUGCACACAGAUGGAGCGCAGGCUGCAUUUGUGUCCCAAUGCGACAUGCAGGGUAAAUGUUAGGCAGGCAUUGCAAGCUGACCAAGGCAAAUCAGUGGUGUCGACCGAGCACAUCAAAGUCACCAAGCCAGACACACUAAAGUCAGGCACCGAGUUUGUGUAUGUACCGCAUGUGGACAGCAGUACCGGUGUUUCGUUAACCAGAGUGUCCUCAAAGACCAGUGGUGAAGAUGUGCCCCUUGUGUCCCCGGCAGAUGUUGGGUUUCUAGAGCCCAUUUUUGUCAACCCCAACUCCCAUGAAGCUGUUCGCAUUGUAUUGCGCGAUGUUGGGAAGCGUGCAAGGGUAAAACAAUGUGUAGGUGACGAGGGGGUGAGGAAAUGGCUCACUGUUGUGUGUGACGGCUUGCCGUACUCCCUCAUAUUGACUGUGAUGGAGGAGGCAAGGCGUGAUGCAGCCAAAUUGGCUAACCAUGAAGCAGGAAUAUUGCAUGUCGACUCAAUGUCGAAGGCUGACCUGAAGAGUGCAUGCAGUACAAGGGGCUUGGGUGUAACAGGGAACAUGAGUACGUUACGUGAGAGGCUGAGGAAGUUUUUAGAUGAUCUGGUUGAGAAGGUUGAAUUGAUGCCCCCAACAAACAUUCCUGAUGGGGAGUUUGAUUGGGUACUACCCAUUUCAGGUGGCUUGCACUGGGAGAUGAACAUCAUCCAGUGCAUUGUCAAGUCUCUGUGGCCAUUUGCCUAUAAGGAGUUCGCUAUUAGCCAGGGAUAUACUUCUCCUAAGCAAUUGGAUUGGGCCUUCAAAGCCAAAGACCACCACCGCACAUACGAUGAGCUGAGCCGUUUCACGGAUGGCUGCUUUGACGAACUUCUGCGGCCAUAUGUACUCGCCCAGGAAUCUGGCAGCAACACCCCUUCAGCAGAGGGUUUCUUCGUUUGGUGCAAGCAGUUCACCAACAAUCAUACGUAUUCCUGGUUGCUGGAGCUGUGCACUCAGUACUGCUUUCCACUAUUCAUGCUUCGGCGGGGAGCACGGCACAACGACGUACCACUGUUCAUUGAGUCUCGCAGAGUUCUCUCUCCAUUGCUGCAUGCGAGGAAUCACACAACAUAUCAAGUGAUUGACAUGUCCGAGGAAGUCCGUCGCGUCUCGCUCUCAACAGAUUUGCGAAGUCUCAUUGACAGCACUCUCUUCCUCAGCAGGUCAGGAAAGGGUGACCUCCACCAGGCACUUGAUGCUAUCGUCGAAGAGCUAAAUGCCAAUGUGAAGUCAUGGGUGUCAGGGGAGAAAGACUCCAACAUGUGGCGCCGGGUGAUCCAUAACCAUGAGCAGCUCAUGAAGCUCCGCUCCAAAGUAUUCAGUGCCCUACAGCUGCCAGAUCCAAAGUCGGAAUCGAGAGCCCGUCCCGGUUAUGCUAAGGAACUUCUGGUGUGGCGUGCGCGUCUGAGAACAAUGUUGGUUCCCAAUGGUGAGCUAGCGUUUUCAAGACCACUGCAAUCCUUCAGUCCUGGUGAGGAAUUGGUGCCGGAUGCUGUGAACCUCACUGCUGUGGGUAAAGCCAGACGGAAGCAGCUAGCGACAUUAUUUGGAGAUGGUGCCUAUCCGCUGUCCAGGCAGUCUCAGCCACCACACUUUCUGACCACCGAAGAGGCCGAGAAACACGGGAGUGAUACGAGACGGACUAUGGCUUCCCUCAGGAAAGAAUUCCAGCAGCUACUACAUCUCGCGCUCGACAACAAUGCUGCCUCUGCAUUGUGCGAUGAACUGGAGCAGGCUUCCACCCAGCCAGCAGUGUUGAAGGUCGUGCGCCAGAUGCGGGAUAUGGUUUCGUGCAUGGCUGACGGCGGCAAUGCAGCUGAUGAUAUGCCUCCAUGAGUGUGACUGCUUCACAGUCGGUGUACUCGCCAAGGGAGGGCUGGUCCUGGCUUCCGUAGUUCUUCAAUGUGCAUUUUGCGUCAUGCCACACACUUUGCAUUGUCAAGUGCGAGCGCUACACUUCUUAUUGACACCAUGUCUUCUCCAUUUAUAUACUUUCCACUUCAUUGAGCAGCUGGCUCAAGCAGUGGGAGACUCCAGUGCAGAGACGCUGUACCUCGAACAAGGGUCGUGGCUACCUCA